AUAACACUUCACUAUAAUGAGUCUGUUACCAAUGACAACAGCCAUCAGGUAACAUCGCACCAAAGCUCUAGCUAAGAAACAUGAGUAAGGCAGGAGGUAAAGGAAAGAAGCAAAUGAAAGAAGGUGGCGACGAAUAUCAGCUGAAUACAAAAGAGAAAUUGAUAGUAACUUCACCAGCAGUUGGCUACCUCAGAGAAGAAUUGACUGGAAGACAAGAGAUUGCUCAAUAUUUUAAAGCAGCAGAGAAAGAAACAAGAGAAAAACUACUGAUGACAAAAGCACAACUGGUGGAGGAAAGAGGUGACACAAAAGACAUUUGCUUUGACUUGACACGUCAGUAUAAGACACUUGAACUGCAAAGUGAAACAAAAAUACUAGCCCUAGAAGAAACUGUAAAAAAACUAACAAGUGAACUACAGACAACAAAGCAGACACUGACUGAAGUGACUAAGGAGAAAGAUAAACUCCAGGAAGAGAAAGACACAGAGGUUACAACAAUAAAAACAAAGUUAUUUAUGCUACAGAUGUCAUAUCGUACCAUCCUUAAGGAUGCAUUCAAUACUUUGGAACUUCAAAUGAAGGUCAGCAGUAAAUUAUCGGAAGCAAAGAGCGAGACAUUGAACAAGGAAAUUGAUCAAGACCUUUUGCAAUUUGGAACUCCAAGCAUUCACACAAAACCAAUAUAAAUAA